CCCACAAGGACGCGAGGGACUGCAUCAUGGCCAUGGGUCUCACGAGCGAGAACGUCGCAGAGAGGUACGGCGUCAGCAGGGCGGACCAGGACGCCUUUGCCGUCGAGAGCCACCUCCGCGCCGCCAAGGCACGGUCGUCGGGCGCCUUUGCCCAGGAGAUUGUGCCCGUGGCCACGCGGUUCCAGGAGGUCGACAAGCAGGGCAACAAGGUGGGCGAGGAGAAGAGGAUCACCGUGACCGAGGACGACGGCAUCAGGGCCAGCGCCAGCGUCGAGGGCCUGGCCAAGCUCAAGCCCGCCUUCAAGCCCGACGGCGCCAGCACCGCGGGCAACUCGUCCCAGGUGUCUGACGGCGCGGCGGCCACGCUGCUGAUGCGCCGCAGCACGGCCACGGAGCUGGGGCUGGCCGGCGACAUCAUCGGCAAGUUCGUCAGCGCCACGACGGUGGGCUGUGCGCCCGACGAGAUGGGCAUUGGCCCUGCGCUGGCCAUCCCCAAGGCCCUGGGCCAGCUGGGCCUCGAGAACAGCGACGUGAGCCGCUGGGAGAUCAACGAGGCCUUUGCGAGCCAGGCGCUGUACUGCAUCCGGGAGCUGGGGCUCGAGGGCCAGAUGGACAAGAUCAACCCGGACGGCGGUGCCAUUGCCCUGGGUCACCCGCUGGGCGCGACUGGUGCUAGGAUGGUGAGCACUCUGAUGCACGGGCUGAAGAGGCAGGACGGCGAGGUUGGCGUGGUGAGCAUGUGUGUCGGCACAGGCAUGGGUAUGGCGGGUGUUUUUGUGCGGGAAUGAAGAGACAUUGCUACAGAAUCCGGCAAUAUGCUGUCAAAUGUCAAAAUCCGGCUCUCUGCUGAACUCGAUACUCAACGUCUUGACGCAAAUACUACACGAAUCCAAGAUUCAUGUUUGUAUUUAUAAUCUGAGGAGGAUACAGCCUCAUGUACCACCGCUUCUCUGGAUGCUGGGAAUUGAACUUGGUCUCGAAACCUCCAUACUGGCUUGGGGUAGCAUAACAAAUAAGAAAUGUCUUUAAGUAU